GCCGUCUCUAAGUCUAUAAAUAUCACCAUCAUAUGGACACUGCUACCAUCAACUUUUAUCAAAAUGGCACAGGAAGAGAUGAUGAAGAUGAUGAUGAUGAGGAGAGGUCCAUGGACAGAACAAGAAGAUGUUCAGCUGGUUCUUUACGUGAACAUGUUCGGCGAUCGGCGGUGGGAUUUUCUGGCCAAAGUUUCAGGUUUGCAAAGGUUUUGGUGGGAGAAUCUCAAAACUGGAUAGGGUUGAAAAGAAGUGGAAAGAGUUGCAGGUUACGUUGGGUUAAUUACUUGCAGCCUGGCCUCAAACGUGGCAAGAUCACCCCUCAAGAACAACGACUCAUUCUUCAACUCCACUCCAAAUGGGGCAAUAGGUGGUCGAAAAUUGCCCAGAAAUUACCGGGACGAACCGACAACGAAAUCAAGAACUACUGGAGAACCCACAUGAGGAAAAAGGCUAACGAAGACAGAGCCAACAAGUGCGCUUCUUCAUCAUCAUCAUCAUCACUCUCCAAUAAUUCUUCUUCCUCUUCCGGCGCCUCCAGCAGCCCGCCGGCGGUGGACUCCCGGCCGAUUCCGGCCACAAACGAGAGGAACUUCUACGACACAGGAGGAAUAAUAUUUGAGGACGAAACUAAAACGACGCCGCCGCAGCAGCAGCAGGAGGAGGAGGAAAUAGAGAAGAAGAUGGAUCAUCAUCAUCAGCAACAGCAGCAGGUGUGCUCAUCAUCAAUGGAUGAUAUAUGGAAAGACAUGGAAUUAUGGGCGGAACAACAAAAAGGUGGUUGUACGAUGUGGAAUUAUUGGUCGGAGUGGGUAUGGACUACGACAUGUAGUAGUAGUAGUAAUAACAGGAUGUGUCCCCCGCCGCCGCCGCCUGCUUCCACCGAUCGUCUCUGCUUCUUUGACAACCAAGAUUAUAUAUGCACAAUAUAAUAUAAUUGACUGCCUAAAUUACACCCACCCACCUUCAUAUACUCUCUCUCUCUCUCUCUCUCUCUCUAACCUUGUACGCAUAUUUAGCUUCUUUUGUGGUACGUGUUCUUUGCUGGAUGGUGUUACAAUU